UUCUGCAUUAUGAUUAAAUGGAUAAUACAAUUAAUUUAUAUAUUGUGUAUUCAUAUGUAUUUACAUUUUAUUGAUAUCUAAUGAUUUAGUCUAAAAAAGAUUUAACUUACUGUAAUAAAAUAACAUUAAAAAACACACCAUAAAUAAGAAUUUUAUUAAUUAUUUGCAAGACAUCAUAAAUAAAUGGAGUUGAUACCUUGCCAAUGUUUGCAGGUUUCUUGUCCCAACCUGGAAGUGCUAAACCUCCAAUGCGCUGGCAGCAUAACUGCUCUAUGCUCUCACCAACUUCCAACUGCCUACUUCAGCAAACUUGUAACCUUGGAAGUAUUGUGGUGUGAAAAAUUGAGAAACUUGAUGUCUCCAUCAGUGGCCAGAAGUCUUGUGAAUCUCCAAAGACUACGCAUAAGAGGCUGUCAAUCAAUGGAAGAAGUGAUCACAGAAGAGGAACAACAAGGAGAUGAAAUUAUGUGUAAUGAGCCCUUAUUUCCCCGAUUGGAAAAGCUGAAACUUGAAAAUCUGCGAAAGCUGGGGCAUUUCAUUCUGACUAAGCAAGCUCUUGAAUUUCCAUUCCUCAGAGAAGUGGAGAUUCAUAAAUGCCCUGAAAUGAAGACGUUUGUCCAACAGGGAUCUGUCAGUACACCAAGUCUCAAAAAUGUGAACAAUGAUGAUAAGGUGAAAGUAGAUGACCUGAAUGAAUGGCUACAUCAGAGGUUCAUUUCUAAGGAAGAAGAUGGAAGCAAAUCUGAAGCUUCAAUCUAGUGACGGCAGAACCUAAAGUGUUGUCUAUGAAUCCAAAACUAGGAAGGUAAUAAUUAAGUACUAGACGAUAAGCCAAAGUGCAUCCAUAUUAGCUCGAACAUCGCAUAAUACCUAUGUUCGUGACGGGAGGUAACAAGCAGAGGUGGGUCUACACUAUAACACAUGGGUUCAUGUGAACCAAACAGCUUUUGCCUAAAGACUUUUAUCUCUAUUUGUAAAGGAUUUGAUUAAUUUUAAAUUUUGAAUUCUCUUGUGAUUCUAAAUUCUUCUUUCGUUAUAUUUAAUAGCUAAUAUAUAGCUUUAUUUUCUCA